AAAAAAUACAAAUUUUUUAUAUCCAUUUUUAUUCUCAAACCAUUUUCUCUCACACAUCCUCUGCCUUUCUGUUUGAUACACAAAAUCCAUUCAUUUCCACGUAUAAAAGCUUAUAUAUAAAUUUAUAUAUCCCAUUGAUAUCAACAGUAACUGGAAAAAACAUAGAAAGAGAGAGGAAAAAGAGGGCCUCUAAGCCCUCUCUUUUGUUAUUAUGCUUCCGGUCAGAUCUUAGGCUCCUCAGUUUCCCAUCUGGGUUCUUUUUGUUUGAUGAAUCCUGGAUUGUGGGUCGAUUGGUAAUUCAUCGGUGAUCGGUUCUCGUGCGUUUGGAUUAAAUCCAAGAUUACCCAGUUGAAGCGUGUUGAUAAAAAUUCAAACUUUGAUUGAUUUCUUUUUCUUGACGAGAAUGGAAAUGGAGCUUGGGAAGCUAUUCAUCGGUGGGAUUUCUUGGGACACAAACGAGGACCGUCUUAGAGAGUAUUUCCAGACUUUUGGGGAAGUUUUGGAAGCUGUGGUAAUGAAGGAUCGUGCCACCGGUCGUGCCCGUGGGUUUGGUUUUGUUGUUUUUGCUGACCCGGCUGUUGCAGAAAGAGUUGUUCUGGAAAAGCACUUGAUAGAUGGUAAAACUGUUGAGGCAAAGAAAGCAGUUCCUAGGGAUGAUCAGAACAUUCUGAAUAAAAACAAUAGCAGCAUUCAUGGGUCAUCCAGUCCUGCCCGUGCAAAAAAGAUAUUUGUAGGAGGUUUAGCAUCCACAGUAACAGAGAGUAAUUUUAAGAAUUACUUUGAUCAGUUUGGUACAAUUACAGACGUUGUUGUGAUGUAUGAUCACAACACUCAGAGGCCACGAGGUUUUGGAUUCAUAACUUAUGAUUCGGAAGAAGCAGUUGAUAAAGUCUUGCAGAAAACAUUUCAUGAACUCAAUGGAAAAAUGGUUGAGGUCAAGCGGGCUGUUCCCAAAGAAUUAUCUCCAGGGCCAAAUCGAAACCAGCUAGGUGGAUAUAACUAUGGUCUCAGUAGAUUCAGUAGCUUCCUUAAUGGUUAUAUACAGGGAUACAAUCCUAGUCUGCUUGGAGGUUACGGAGUUAGAAUGGAUGGUAGAUAUAGUCCAGUUAGUGUUGGUCGGAGUGGAUUUCCUUCACUCAGUCCUGGUUAUGGAAUGGGACUGAAUUUUGAGUCAAAUUUGAGCCCAAGCUAUGGAGGAAGUGCAAACCUUAGUACUAGCAUUGGCUAUGGACAAGGAUUGAACACUUCAUACAACAAUGGAAACUCAAACAGGUAUGGUGGCUCCUUUGGUUCUGGUGGGGGCCCUGGGGCAAAUAGUUCUAUCUUAAGCUCAAAUGGUCGAAAUUUGUGGGGGAAUAGUGGUCUUAAUUAUGCUGCCAACUCAAUGAACUCUGGCACCCUUGUGGGCUCUGGAAGUGGGAAUUCAGGGAUGGGUUCCUUCGGCAGCUUUGGAUCACUCUGGGCUUCAUCUCCACCUUCUGGUCAAGGUGGAGGUGCUGCUUCUGCCUAUGGUAGCAGCAAUCUUGGCUUUGUGAAUGGAGAUUUUGGAGUAGGGUAUGGAAGAAACAAUAGGACCAGCAUUGUCCAAGCACCGUCACGUAGUGCAUCAAAUGGCAGUUAUGAUGGAUCUUAUGGAGACAUUUAUGAAAAUGGCUCAUUCUAUGGAGACACCACAUGGCGGUCUUCAACUUCAGACCUAGAGCACUCUGGCUCUUUUGAUAUUGGUCUUGAAAAAGCAGAUUCAGAUGUUUUGACCACAAAUUCAGCUGGUUAUAUUGGAAGUUAUACCAUUACUAAUAGACAGCCAAAUAGAGGAAUUGCUGCAUAGGAGGAGGGUAUGGAUGUCUGAAGGAUAACAGUAGGAGAUACUUCUGGUGAAGUGCAUAAAUGACUAGAUUACGUACAUUUUUCUUGUUGAGAUGUUCAAGUUUCAGUGAAAAUAUGAGUAGAGCUAAUUGGUUUGCCUGUUUUGAGGAACUUAUUAUAGAGAGCAGGUACAGGGAAUUCAUUGUUUGAGCUUGAAGUUUUUCCAAUUACAGGUUUUCUUUAUUGGGAUUUGAUUAAGAUGUAAAAUCAGGUUGCAGGGUAUACGCAGAAUCAUUGUAUCAUGCAUCUCUCUCAGCCACAAAGCCAUAAAUGAUAUAGGAACAUACCUCCUUUAGUCGUUCCAUUUUCUGCUGUAAUGUCCAGUAAAGUUGCUGGUUCUGUAUUUUGUAGAUUGUAUUGAGAUAUUUGGUUUGGAUUUCACUGUGUGAAACUCUACGGGGUCCUCAUCUGGCCUCCUAUAGAAUAAGAUUUUGCAUAGUAAAGUUUAAAUAUUACAUUUUUCUUGUGAAAGUCUGAAACUUUUCUUUUCUGCCUUCCAUUUCUGUUCUCUGAUUUUCUUGAAAUAAAUUUUGAGAUAGCUC